UUAAAUACGCUUGGUUUCUGUUUUCAAUCCACUUUACCAUCCAAAAUCAACUCCGCAAGGGUUAGGGUUUCUCUCCCCGUUUCUGUGGAACGAUCCGGGGCUUAGCCAUGGCUGCUUCGACGCGCAAGAUAACGCUGAGGAGCUCCGACGGCGAGAACUUCGAGGUGGACGAGAUCGUGGCGCUGGAGUCACAGACGAUCAAGCAUAUGAUCGAGGACGACUGCGCCGAUAACGGCAUCCCGCUCCCCAACGUUACCAGCAAGAUCCUCUCCAAGGUCAUCGAGUUCAGCAAGAAGCACACCGAGGCCUCCAAGGGCGGCGACGACCGGUCCUCCAGCGUCGACGACGACCUCAAGACCUGGGACAUCGAGUUCGUCAAGGUCGACCAGGCCACGCUCUUCGAUCUCAUCCUGGCUGCAAAUUACUUGAACAUCAAGGGGUUGUUGGAUCUGACUUGCCAAACAGUGGCGGAUAUGAUCAAGGGCAAAACACCAGAGGAGAUAAGGAAGACAUUCAACAUCAAGAACGACUUCACUCCUGAGGAAGAGGAAGAGGUUCGGAGGGAGAACCAGUGGGCCUUUGAAUGAUUUCUGCAUGGAGUUGAUACGAAGUUCUCCCUUGGUUAGGGCUUAAUGAGAGAUUACAGCGAACGCUGCAUGAACUAUCGAUUAUCCUUCUAGUUCUUAAUAUAUCUAUCUUUAUGUUAAUUUUACGCACUUGUUGAUGCUGCACUUGUGACUCUGUCCUUGUAUAUUCCGAGAUGAUGGUUCUAUUGCAUCCGUUAUUGCUUUUCUUAUA